AUGGCAACACCAGCGGAACCAAUCCUUGCUUCGGAAAUUGGGCACUCUCGGGUCAACGACACUUCCAACGCAAAAUCACCACUUGGAAUGCCUCCAUCGAGGCCGCGAAGACUCAGAUUUGAGAACAAGACUCUCGACUCGGCUUUCGAAGGAGGACUGGGCUACCAGAGUGUCCAUUGCAUCGUCUCUGAGCCGGACAACGGCGCGAGCGAGCUUGUACAUGCUUUAAUAGCAUCUCACCUGCGCUCCUUCCUAGAGGCGCGAGCGACAGUAAUAGACAGUACGCUGUCGUUCGAUGUGCGGCGUCUGUUCACCAUUCUUGGAGACGGUGAAGCUGGAAAGGACGGAGCAAUGAAGAUGCUAGGUCGGCUGGACAUCAUGAAAGUCUUCGACUAUGUAGGACUCACCGAAGCCGUGGCGGAGCUGCGCGACGUUCUGGAGGGCAAGCAGGAGUCUGGACAGCCGAACCUUCAGCCUGCAGCAAAGACCUUCCCAAGCACGAUCGAAGACAGCGAGGAGGAUGAGGACGAAAUGCUUGACGACAUUCCACCGGCGGGAAAUGAGAAGCCACAGCCAGCACCUGCACUUGCAGACACGGCCGAAGAGCAACCUGCAGUACGACUGCUGAUCGUCAACAACAUCUCACAGCUCAUGAUGCCCCAAGUCAAGAACAACUACACCCACGGACAAGCGCUCAUUGCCACUUUUAUGCGUUCACUGCAGCAUCUGACGCAAUCUCACAACAUCUGUACAGUCCUUCUCAGCAAUACGGCCAACAAGCCGGCAAAAGACGAUGAGAAACUCAGCUUAUUCAAAUCAUGUGCUCUCCGGCCGGCGCUGGGCCUCGGUUUCGGAUACCUUGUAGACGUCCAAACAUAUUUGCACAAGCUACCGAUUAAACGCCAAAGCACGGAGUUGGCUCAUGUACUCGAGAUUGUGCAAGAUCGGGAAAGCGGUCGAUUCGGCAGAUGGGCGGCUUUCACGUGUGACGCCGAUGGAAGGCUGCGGGACUUGCCGUGA